UGUAAGGAAGUUUUCAAAAAAAAACCUCAGCUGAAGAUCAACACUUUCAUUUCAGAGAUGGUGGCUCAGUUCAGACAUGAAGCUAAACAAGAACCAAACACCACAAAAGCACAACUGACGAAGACAGAAGCUGAUAUUCAGCAGAUGAUCCAGGAGAGACAACUGAAGAUCCAGGAGAUCCAACACUCAGUGGACCUCAGUAAGAAAGCUGCAGACAGAGAGACAGCAGAAGGUGUUGAGGUCUUCACUGCUAUGAUAGAGCUGGUUCAGAGAAGUCUGAACCAGGUCAAAGAGGAGAUCCAAGAAAAGCAGAGAACCACAGAGAAACAGGCUGAAGACUUCAUCAAAGAGCUGGAACAGGAAAUCUCUGAGCUGAAAAAGAGAAGCACUGAGGUGGAACAGCUCUCAGGCUCAGAAGACCACCCCCGCUUUGUUUAUAGAGUCACAUCUGUAAACACUGCUCCACCCAUGAAGACCUGGAAAAAGGUCAGCAUUCGUCCACCAUCAUAUGAGGGGACUGUGGUGAGAGCUGUGUCUCAGCUGGAGGACAAACUCAGAGAAGAGAAGAAGAAGGUGUUUAAAGCUGAUCUGAAGAGACUUCAGCAGUAUGAGGUGGAUGUGACUCUGGAUCCAAAUACUGCACAUCCUGAUCUCCUCGUGUCUGAUGAUAGGAAAAAGGUACAUGAUGGGGAUAUGAAGAAGAACCUUCCAAACAACCCAGAGAGAUUUUCAGUUAAUCCAUGUGUUUUGGGAAAGCAGAGUUUCUCUUCAGGCAGGUUUUACUUUGAGGUUCAGGUCAAAGGAAAGACUAAAUGGACUUUAGGAGUGGCCAGAGAGUCCAUCAACCGGAAGGUGCAAAUCUCAGUGAGUCCUGAGGAUGGAUACUGGACCAUCUGGUUGAGAAAUGGCAAUGAGUACAAAGCUCUCAAUGACCCUCCUGUCAGCCUCUAUUUGGAGUCUCUGCCUCAGAAGGUGGGGGUGUUUGUAGAUUAUGAGGAGGGUCUGGUCUCCUUUUAUGAUGUCGAUUCUUCAGGUCUCAUCUACUCCUUCACUGACUGCUGCUUCAGUGAUAAACUCCUCCCAUUCUUCAGUCCAUGUAUUAAUGAUGGAGGUAAAAACUCUGCUCCUUUGAUCAUCACUCCUGUCAGAAAAAGUUUUUCUUUCUGAGAGGUGUCAC